AUGUGCAAGGCCUUCCCACAAACUUUGACGAAUGCUGCUAGGGAUUGGUUCUCGACUUUAGAGCCCAACUCAAUAGCCUCAUUCUCGGAUUUAGCGGACAAGUUCUCCACCUUCUUCGUAAGCAGUAAACGCAUCAGGAAAAUGGCAGCCUCCCUCAUGCAACUUCGACAGGGGCAAAAUGAGACCCUACGCGAGUUCAUGACCAGGUUUAACAAGGAAAGGCUACAAAUUCCCGACCUUCAUAUAACGGCAGCGGUUUCUGCCCUCACAUAUGCCAUAAAGUGUGAGGCUUUCAAAAUGUCGCUAUCCAAAACUCCGCCGAGGACAGUGACCAAUCUUCUUACCCGAGGAGAGAAGUACAUAAAUAUGGAGGAAACAAUGAACCCGAGGAAGGUUGGACCAUCCCACGACAGGGUCGAGCAUAAACGACAGCAUGACCCGAGCCCCCGUCAAGAACCACCUCGGAGUAAACAGAGACAGGAGGCUCCCCUGACGUCAUUCACGUGUUUAAAUACAUCGAAAACAAACAUUUCGAUGGAGAUCAAGGAUAUGAAGGAGCUCAAAUGGCUUGCGAGAAUGAGGUCACCCCCCCAGUCCAGGGACAUGAGCAAAUACGGUGAGUUCCAUCGGGAUCACGGGCAUACCACUGAAAACUGUAAAGCCCUGCAACGGGAGAUUGAAGCCCUUAUUAAAAGGGGACUUCUGGGUUCCUACGUUGGUAAUGACAAACACCCGAAGAAUGAUGGUGGUAGGGAAAGAGCUUAUGAAGCAAAAAGGGAUGGUCAACCUACUACUGAAAUCAUCAACAUCAUUGUCGGGAGUAUUGCAUCAGGAGGAGAUUCGAACACUGGGAGGAAGCAGUAUGCCCGGCAAUACAUGACAACCCCGAAAGCACAUCAUGGUGACCUCGAGGACAUAACAUUUGGUAUGAAGGAUCUUGAGGGCGUAUCUUUUCCUCAUGAUGACGCCCUAGUCAUCUCUGCAAUAGUAGCAAACUUUGAGGAAUCUCUCCCCGAACAACUGAAUAUAGUGAAAACCCCCCUUCAAGGAUUCGGGGGGGGGGGGGACGGUAUUAUUGUUCCGGAGGGAGUGGUCAAGCUGCCACUUACCUUAGGCUCGGGUAAAGAACAGAUAACGGUGAUUACAUCUUUUCAGAUUGUCCGGUCUUCCAUAGCAUACAACGCCAUCCUGGGUAGACCAUUGCUUAAUAAGGUAAAAGCUAUUGUGUCCACCUUCCACCUCGCCAUGAAGUUCCCCACCAGUCAUGGCGUCGGGGUAGUACGCGGAAACCAAGCUGCUGCCAGACAAUGCUAUGUUACUUGUGUUCGGGAAAUAAAGACGGACGUCAUGCAAAUCUCAGAAAAGGAGGAAGAGCUCGAGCAUAGGGGGAGACUCGCUCCAGUGGAGGAGUAG